AUGGACGAAGACGACGAUGUGGAAAUCGUCCAGCCAGUUGAUUCUACUGUAGAAAUAAUCUGUGAGAUAUGCCGUAUUUCCCUCACUAAGGACACUGUCUCGCAGAGACAAGCACACUACGAGGAACACUUCAGUUGUGCUUCCCCGGACCAGCUACAGUCGGAAUCUCCAGAAGUCAUUGAUAUCUCGAGUUCGGCGGAUACAAGCCGUCAGGAGGGUCAAUCACCUAACACGACCAAGCAAUCCGAGAACAGUCUUAUACCCCUGCUAAAGCAAGCUCUGUUAAAGUCGCAUGCGAAGGGACAAACAGUUCGAGCAGCUCUAUGCUAUGAGGGCAUGGUCCACGUGGGCACUGAACGAUGGGAUUUAGGCUGGGGUUGCGGUUACCGAAACUUCCUCAUGGCGUGCACAGCCCUCAUGGAUCAACAAGUGCAGCCUCUAUACUUUCCUGCGCUGGAUUAUCCUUCACCUCCAGGCGUCCGCAAUCUCCAGCAAUGGAUUGAAGACGCUUGGAAGAGUGGGUACGAUCCUGAAGGCGCAGCUGAUCUGAAGAACAAGCUUGUCGGAACAAAGAAAUGGAUAGGAACCGCCGAACUCAUUCCAAGCCGGCUCGUGGACUUUCCGCACGUUGAAUCGAAUGCGGAUGCCGUUCUGCGAUGGAUCGUUACCUACUUCUCGGAACCCUCUCAUGACGCUCGCGACAUGAGGCACCGUGCAAGGGUAAAGACGACAGUAGAUGAAGCUCUACGAGGGGCGAGUCCUGUCAUAGUCACGGAUCGUAUGCCACUCAUCCUCCAGCAUAAGGGCCACUCGCGUACGAUCGUCGGGUACGAACGUACGAAAGAUGGCUCAACCAACCUCUUGUGUUUCGAUCCUUCACGACGUCCCAAGGCAUGGGCUCGUUCUGCCGCUAUUGCUCGCCUAGCUGCGAAAGCGUCGCAGGUAGCGCCGGUACAGCCCCAAGAGGAUAACCACCACCACUUCCAUGGUAUCUCUACCUCAAAGAUCAUGAAUGCCGUGUUACACCCUCGAAAGCAUAAGCAAAAGGAGUCGAUCCUUGCUAAUACCAAGAAGCGACGAUCUGAAGAGGACAUUGGACGUAAUCUAAAGCGCGUAAGAGGUGGUCUACACAUGUCAGACGGUUCGAAGGGCAAGAACAAGGAGGUCAUCGAGAUAUCAGAUGACGAGGUAUUUGAGGUUGAGCAGGCUCCUCGACCGUCAAAUUCUACUCCUAAAGCAACGCUUCGGGAUACCGAAUAUGCCAGCAUGCUUGAGUUCUUUCGACUGAGGCCAAAGAAGGUUGGUCUGAAAGAUCGUUAUCAGAUUUUAUAUUUCCCACUUGGGGACCUGCUUACAGACCAAGAACGUUGGGCACGUAGAAUAGUUACAAGUGAAGUCGUAAAGAUUUUGGACGGAUCAUAUUGGGAACAAUUUAUUUUUCAAGAUGCAUCCGAUUCCGAAAUGAACUUUACCACCUCAAAUCCUCGUCCCUCGGACCCUUCCGGCUGGUCAAUCAUUCAUUCAAUAGAACAGAUCUCAUUUGAAGAAAGAAACCUGUGA